UGCUUGGUGGUUGCAAGCUCAGAGUAAGGCUUCUAUCCAAGCUGGUAUUCUUGCACCUGAUACUGACUCCAGAGAGGUCAGGAACAUGUCUGAUUACGUUAUCCGGCUGUACAAUGAUUCAGAUUAUGAUGCUGUCAGAGACCUAUUUGCGAGAGGCAUCAGGGAUCACCCACGUGUGGCCUUCAAUCAAGCCCUAAGACAUCCACAGAUCUGUAUUUUCUUGUUGGUUGUGUUUUGUUUUCCUCUUGUAGCUUUUGAAUCCAUCCUUCUAUCGGUGUUGGGCCUAGCUCCUGCAUUGGUUGCCAUUUGGAUAUGCACUAGUAUUGGCUUCCAAGCUUAUGCCAAAGUUUCCUUGUUAGGUGACCUGAAAGACAUUCACAAAUACUACAUACAGGAAGAUAAUAAUUGUUUCUGGGUGGCUGAGUCUGCUGGACAGGUGGUAGGUAUAGUAGGUGUCCGCCCAUCUGAUACCAGUCCUGAGAAAUGUCUGGAACUUAAAAGAAUGUCUGUGGCUAAAGAACAUAGAGGCAAAGGUAUUGCAAAAGCCUUGUGCAGGACCGCCAUCAACUUUGGCCGGGAUAAACGGUACAAGUCCAUUGUCCUUGUGACGACAACCGCUCAUAUAGCUGGUCAGAGGCUGUAUGAGAGCAUAGGGUUCAGUUGCACACACAGAACACCUGCACCAAUAUUAUGGCGGAGAUUAGCGGGUGUCAGAUUACUGCACUACAAAUACGACAUCUCAGCAGAAGAGUAAACCAUCACUUCAGUAGAGGAUGUUAUUCACUCUAUUGAUUACUGGAGCCCACUAAACCGCAAAGCGCCUUUUACUAAAUGUCCAGAGGGGAAAUCCCGGGAGAUGAGGACUAUAGCACAAAAGGAAUAAACUAUAAAAUAGACUCCCCCAUCUGCAACCUUCAACUUUUGCUUUGUGGUUUUGCCCUAGAACCAGCCCUGGAUAUUGUUAUCUAUCUCUCUAUCUAUCAUCUAGUUUUCUAUCUAUCUAUCUAUCUAUCUAUCUAUCUCUAGCUCUCUAUCUAUAUCUAUAUAUCUCUUUCUCUACUUCUAUCCCUCUAUCUAUCUAUGUAUCUAUCUAUCUAUCUAUCUACCUCU